GGCAACACUUGGUAAAUCUAAAAAUAUUAUUGAGUUUAUUAUAAAAACAUUUGAAAAAUUAAGAACAGAUGAGGAAUUUCAUAAUGUUUGGAAAAAAAUAGUUAAAUUUGCUGAUGAAAAUAAUAUAAACUUACAAAUUCCAACUAUGGGAUCCAAACGUAAAAGAAGGGAAACUCAAAAUUUGCAUGAUUAUGUGAUGUUUGCAAUUACUAGAGCAGACAUUGAAGUAGUAGAUUCAAACACUAUAGUAGAAAUAUACUGGCGAAGAAUAGGCUACAUGCGUGUAAUUGAUUCUGUUAUUAGCAACCUUAAGUAUAGAUUCUCCAAAGAGAAUUUACUGAUGGCAAGCUCAAUUGAUUGUUUUAUUAAAAUGGAUUUUGUUGAAAGUUUAUAUUUUAUAAAUCAUUACAAGUUUAAUAUUAUGUUUUCUACUCAAAACUUUUGUCGUUGUCCGUUUGUAUUGUUACAUAUACAAAAUAAGAGAUUUAAAUAAUACAUUAUAUUUUACAAUACUCUACUCUUUAUUAUAGAGGACAGAAAUAAUAUAAAUUUUUAUGUUUAAUCAAUAUACGUAAUACAUUGUCAACAUCAAUUUAAUGUACCAACUUAAAAUCAGUAUUGUAUUCAUUGCUAUCUGGUCAGAAACGUAUUCAGAAAUUUUACGCCUGGGUACUAACGUUCCCCCCCAACCAAAAUGAUUUAACUUAUUCCACCUACUGAGAGAGCUUAUCUUCCAGUAACCAGCCGUAGGCCAUAUUACAGCUUUUUAUAAGAUUUUUAUAAGCUCCUUAUUCCAUGUAUGUAUAAUUUGCAAGUACCUAACUUAAAGCACUGAUUAUACCUAUGUACAGCAUUGUAUUUACAUUGUAAUUUAAUUAAAG